AUGUCACCCCUGUUCACUAUUUUGAUCACACCAGAGAAAAAAGCGGAACCACUAGAAGUCCUGAUAGACUCAGGCGCUACCUCAUCCUUUCUCCACCCCUGUACCGCAGAAGCACUCCGCCUCCCACUCAUAGACCUCCCUUACCCCCGCACUGUAACUAUGCUCAAUGGGUUGAGCCCCCAGGCUGGUAAAAUUUGGAAGAAGGCUAACCUAACCUUCUCCUUUGAUGGCAAACGUAUGACCAAGACCUUCUUGAUCUGCAACACAGGGUCCCACGCCGCCAUCUUAGGAUUGAAAUGGUUAGAUGCCCAUAAUCCAGAGAUUGAUUGGAAUCAAUGCACCCUCUCCUUCCCCCAUGCACCACCAGAACACGUAGCCAUCGCUGAAGAGGAGGAAGCCGAUCAAAACCCCCUUGAAGGAGUCCCUUCCAAAUACCAUCAAUACGCCAAGGUAUUUGGAGAGGAAGAAUUCAACAAACUUCCCCCGCAUUGGCAUUAUGACAUUGGGAUUGAACUAACAGAAGAAGGCCCCUUGAACUCUCCGCUGUACAGCAUGACUGACGCCAAAUCCGCCACGCUCAAAGAUUGGCUCAGAGAUGAACUCAAGGCAGGCAAAAUCCGCCCCAGCAAGUCCUCAAUUAGCUCCCCUGUCAUGUUUGUUCCCAAGAAGGAUGGCUCCCGCUGCUUGGUAGUUGACUACCGCCGCCUAAACAACCAGACAAAGAAAAACGUUUACCCCCUUCCCCGUCCAGACAACCUCAUGGCCCAGCUCCGUGGUGCCAAGGUCUUCACUAAACUAGACCUACAUUGGGGAUAUAACAACGUCCGGGUAAAAGAAGGCAACAAAUGGAAAACUGCUUUCUGUACUAAGUACGGCCUGUACAAGUCCCUAGUCAUGACCUUUGGCCUAACCAAUGCUCCCGCCGCCUUCCAACAUUUUAUGAACAAAUUAUUCAAAGACCUGUUAGACGUUUGCGUCAUCAUUUACCUUGAUGACAUCCUGAUCUACUCCAAGGAUGAUGUAACUCAUACACAACAUGUUCAUGAAGUUUUGCGGCGGCUACUGGAGAACCAACUAUUUUGUAAGGCAUCAAAGUGUACCUUCCAUGUCAAUUCCGUGGAAUACCUGGGAAUCAUUGUCUCGGAUAAGGGUUUUAGCCUAGAUAGACUCAAGAUCCAGGCAGUACAGGAAUGGCCGACCCCCUCAAAGGUGAAGGAGGUCCAAUUGUUCUUAGGGUUCGCCAACUUCCUCCGUCGAUUUGUUGCCAAUUUUAGUCACAUGGCCAGGCCAUUGCAUAAUCUGGUCAAGAAGGAUACGCCGUGGAAUUGGGGUGACAGAGAACAGGAAGCCUUCCAAGGACUAAAGGACGCCAUCACCAAUGCACCUGUACUCUGCCAUGCCAAUCCGACCAAACCCUACUUCCUUGAGACAGACGCCUCAGGAGCUGCCCUAGGAUCCAUACUAAGCCAACGCCAGGAAGACGGACGGUUACACCCACUUGGUUUCUUGUCUGAGUCAUUUAAAGGAGCAGAGCAGAACUAUGAUACACAUGACAAGGAGCUGCUAGCAAUCAUCCGCUCAUUCAAGUACUGGCGUAUCUUUUUGGAAGGAACCCUGCAUCCCAUCACCGUGUUCACCAACCAUAGGAACUUAGAAUAUUGGAAAGAAUCUAGAACGUUCAACCGCCGCCACGCACGGUGGCACCUCCUCCUGGCCGGUUACAACUUCCAAAUCAUGUACAGACCUGGGAAACAGUCAGGGAAGCCAGAUGCCCUAUUGCGACAAUCAGACCAUGCCAAUGGUUGA